UGGCGCUCGGCGGGGAGCCUCAGACGCGACCGAAUUUUAUUUUCUGAGGAGCCGCCGAGCGAGGCCGAGGAUGGGCUGCUUCUGGUUGUUUGUGCUGUGCCUCUUGCCUCCAAGUGGAGCAAAUGUUACUGAGCUGGUUGGGAUGUUUGGACAGAUUCAGUCUCCCAAUUAUCCGGAGGGUUAUCCGAGUGAUACAGACAUGACCUGGAACAUCACGGUGCCCAUCGGAUUCAGAAUCAAACUCUACUUCAUGCAUUUUGACCUUGAGCCCUCCUACCUCUGUGAAUACGACUACGUGAAGGUCACGUCUGGUGAUAUGCUGGAGACGUUCUGUGGCCGAGAGAGUACAGACACUGAAAAAAUCCCAGGCCGAGACUCUGUCCUCUCCUCUGACAAUACCAUGACUGUCUUAUUCAAGACAGAUUUUUCCAAUGAGGAGCGGUUCACUGGCUUUGAAGCUCACUAUGCUGCCAUUGAUGUCGAUGAGUGUGUGGAGAAAUUGGAUGAAUCUUUGGCCUGUGACCAUUUUUGUCACAAUUACAUCGGUGGAUUUUACUGUUCUUGUAGAUUUAGCUACAUCCUUCAUUCAGAUAAUCGGACCUGCAAAGUUGAGUGUAGCGACAACGUAUUCACAGAAAGAUCAGGAAUAGUCACGAGCCCAGACUAUCCCAAUCCAUACCCCAAGAGCUCAGACUGUUUGUACCGCAUUGAACUGGAAGAUGGAUUUCUCAUCACGUUGGAGUUUGUUGAUGUCUUUGAUCUAGAAGACCACCCAGAUGUGCUGUGCCCUUAUGACUAUCUGAAGAUUAAAGCCGGAAUGAAGGAGUUUGGCCCUUUCUGUGGUGAUAAGAGUCCUGGAAAGAUUGUGACAAACAGCAGCAGUGUCCAGGUUCUCUUUCACACCGAUGAUUCAGGAGAUAACCGCGGCUGGAAAUUUGCCUUCACGUCAGUUGGCAAUCCUUGUCCUGUCGUCCAGCCACCCCUCAAUGGCAAAGUUGAACCUCUCCUGGAGCAUUAUUCAUUCAAAGAUCAAGUCCAGAUUCGAUGCAACGCUGGAUUUAAAUUUGUGAAGGGUGGUGACGAGGUAGAAGCCUAUCAGAUUGAAUGCCUGAAAUCGGGGACAUGGAGCAGUGGAAUUCCUACCUGUAAAGUUAUAGACUGCGGAAAUCCACGGGCACUGGAGGAUGGAUCCAUCACGUUCCAUUCAAAGGACAACCUCACACUGUUUGGGAGUCAGAUUGAUUAUUCGUGCCAUGCCUUGUUUUACCGGAUGGAGCCAGAACUGAACAGUACGUACACGUGUAUGGAGAACAGCUUUUGGGUAAACGAUGAACUGGGUACAGAUCUCCCUACCUGUCAUCCAGUCUGUGGGAAGCCCGUCCGACCCUUGCCUUCUCUCAACAAACGGAUUAUUGGAGGGUUGACCGCCCGUCCAGGCUCCUUCCCCUGGCAGUUACUGAUGGUGGUGGAGGAUAUGACCCGAGUCCCAAAGGACAAGUGGUUUGGGAGUGGGGCCUUGCUUUCCAGAAGGUGGGUAUUGACAGCAGCCCACGUGUUGCGGUCUCAGAGACGUGACAACUCCAUCACUCUGGUACCCAGUGAAUAUGUCACCAUCUAUCUGGGGCUGCACAAUGUCCAUCAAAAGGAAGAUGCUGUGAAGAGAACGGUGGAAAAAAUCAUUAUUCACAAAGCCUUUGAUCCCAGGACUUACAACAAUGACAUUGCUUUGGUAAAGAUGAAGGAGAAGGUGUCUAUGAAUGAUUUUGUGAUGCCCUUGUGUUUACCCAGCCUUAAGGAAACAGAAGGACCACUGCCAAACACUCUAGGGGUGGUGGCUGGGUGGGGCAUCACCAACCCUAACCUGACAAUUGAUGAUGGCCUUGGAAGUGAUCAGGCAACACUCUCAGAUAUCCUGCAGUAUGUGAAGCUGCCAGUCACACUUCAGGCAGAGUGUAGGAGCAGCUAUGAGUCACGUUCCGACACCUACAAUGUGACAGAUAACAUGUUCUGUGCUGGCUACUAUGAAGGUGGGAGAGACACGUGUCUGGGGGACAGCGGAGGGGCAUUCAUUACCUUUGAGCCAACCACCCAAAGCUGGGUAGCUCAAGGUCUGGUGUCCUGGGGUCCCGAAAAAUGUGGCAGCAAACGUGUCUAUGGGGUUUACACAAAGGUUUCCAAAUAUACCAAGUGGCUAAUGGAGAAAAUGAGCAAUUCCUCUGAAUGAUGGCUGGUGCCAGAGUGUAAACAACACUGGGGGGAAAUGUUGAAUAACCUUCCCAAAAGAUUCUGCACACAGGUCUGGGUACUGAGGGAUACUCAGCCAGGGUUAGGGCUUUGAAUAUAAAAACAAGGAAGUCAUGCAAAAUCAAGUCACUGGUUAGGCUUCAGCUAGAGCAUAGUGUCCAGUUCUGGACACCAGGAGGAAUGUCAAGGCCUUAGAGAAGGUACAAAGGAAAGUAAGUAGAAUUAUAUCAAGGAUAUUGGAGUGAAUUAUGUGCAGGGACUGGGGAAAGCAAGACUGAUCUUAUUGGAGAAUAGCCUUGAGUAGGAGCAAGGUAUUCAAAACUGAGGGAUUCCAACCAAGCAACUGGGGUGGGAUUGUCUUCUCUACUGCUGGUGGAAUAGUCUGAGUAAUUCACAAAUGAAGAGGAGUGUGGAGAAACUUCUUCACAUAGAGUGGUGUUGUGAUCUGCAAUAGAUCGUCAGAAAAGGGGAGUGGAAUCAGAUUCCACAGGAAGUUUCAGCAGGAAGAGACGUUGUUGAGGAGACAUGAUCAGUAGGUUGGGGAGAAGGUUGGGGUGCGUGACAUUUGGACAGCUCUUUCACACUAGCAUAGAUACAAUGGGCUGAAUGGCCUUCUGCUGCAGUGUGGGAUUCAGUGGUUCCAGGAUGGGUUCUUGGUACGAGUUCAUGAUGCCCGGGAGAAGGAAAUCAGUCCGUGCCUGUCUUGGUCCAUUGUGAUUCCAGAUGAACAACAAUAUUGUUGACUAAACUGAGCAUUGUAUUGUGUAGAGCUGUGAUCACUAUACUUAAGCAAGAUGCGUCUGCACUGGAAGCAGUGCAGAGAAUGUUCAUUGGCUUGUUGCUUGGGAUUAAGGAGUUGAUUUAUGAAGGGAGGUUGAGCAGGUUGGGCCUGUAUUCAUUGUUUUAGAAAAACAAGAGGUGAUCUUAUUGAAACAAGAGGAUCUAAAGGAGACUGAAAGGGUGGAUGCUUUCUCUAGUGGGGGAUAUCCAAAACAGGGGGGCAUAGUUUUAGAAUAAGGAGUCACACAUUUCAAAUUGGACGAAUUUCUUCUCUUAGACUUGUGGAUCUCUGGAAUCCUCUCCCUCAGAGAGCUGUGGAGGUAGAGUCAUAUAUAUUCAGUGUGGAGAUUAUCAGACAUUUGAACUACGAGGAAGUCACAGGGUAUGGUUUUGGUUUACCAAGAUACGGUGAAAAGCUUUUGUUUGUGUGCUUACAGACACAUGCCAUACAUAAAUACAUCAAGAUAGUAUAUAGGAAAACAGUGCAGAAUAUAGUGUAGCAGCUACAGAGAAAGUGCAGUGCAGGUAAACAAAUAAAGUGCAAGGGCCACAAUGAGGUAGAUUGGGUGAUCAAGAGUUCAUCUUUUAGCAUGUAAGAGGUCCAUUUCAAGAGUCUGAUGUCAGCAGGAUAGAAAUUGUCCUUAAGACUGGUGGUUUGUGCUCUCAAGCUUUUUGUAUCUCCCGCUCAACAGGAGUCGGGGGGUGGGGGGUGGAGAAGAGAGAAUGACUGGGAUGGAAGGGGUCAUUCAUUAUAUUGGCCGCUUUCCCAAGGCAGCGUGGUGUAGGUGAGUCAAUGGAGGGGAGGCUGGUUUGUGUGAUGACUGGUCUGUCUAAAGGGAGAGACCAGGAAAGUGGUGCUGAGGCCAAGAUUGGAUCAGCCAUGAUUAUAUUGAAUGAUGAAGCAAGUUCGAGGGGUUGAUUGUCCUACUCCUGCUCCUGGUUCUUAUGUUCUCAUGAAGCCCUAGCACAUCACUCCUUUCAAGAGCAAUUCAAGAUGGGAACUAAAUGUUGACCUUGCCAACAACACCCAGGAAUAAAAGCAUGAAAAAAAAACAUAAUUUGACAUAAUAUGUACAGCACCAAAACACCCACUCAGCCCUAUUGGUGAGCACCAGUGUUGUAAUCAUACAAGUCUGUUCUCGUAUUAAGAAAUCCCUCUAAUCUUAUCUCCCUUGUGUGCUUAUCCAACUGCAUCUGAAAUGUAUCAUUGCUGGUCGC